AUGCCGGCGCACCCCCAUCUCCUCCACACGCUCACACCCACUUCUGCCGCGGGCGGCGUCUUCACCGCUCGCUUCUCCUCUACGAGCAACCAUGUACUCCACGGCGGGGCGUCCCGCAUCCUCCAUCUGGUCGAUGCCCGCUCCGGCGCGGCCCUGCAAACUCUCUCCGGCCACGCCCAUCCUAUACUCGCAUGCGGCAUCUCACGCUCCUCCAAUCGGCUCGUGUCCGCAGGCCCCGAUCGUACUCUCUUCCUAUGGGACGCCUCCUCUGGCACACUCGUCGCACGCCCCGGACGUCGUGAUGGCCAUCUCGCCCGCGUGAACGCAGUCGCGUUCGCUGCCCGCAAUGAUGAGCUCGUGCUCUCCGCCUCAUACGACAGGUCCCUGCGAAUAUGGGAUGCCCGCAAUCCACACGCACGUCCCAUACAAGUGAUUUCCGAUGCGUCAGACUCCGUCACCGCAGUCCUGCCGGAUGGCGAUGCCAUACUCACGGCCUCUGUCGACGGCUGUGUCCGCUCUUACGACAUCCGUAAGGGUAUGUAUAACGUGGACGCCCUUGGCGCACCUAUCGGGUCCCUUGCGCUCACCCAGGACAGAUUAUGUAUUCUUGCGGCGUGUCUUGAUGGGUCUAUGCGCUUGUUACAGCGGUCGACCGGCGAUUUGCUCGAACUCUACCGGGGACAUGCCAACCAGCAUUUUCAGCUUGGAUGUGCGGUGAGUGGUGACGACGCCUUUCUGUUUUGUGGCGAUGAGGGAGGAGGAUUUUGCAUGUAUGAUGUGUCUCAAGGGAAAUCUCCUGUGUGGAGGGGGGGUGGCGAUAACAAGGAACAAGUUGUGGCUGCCAUGGAUUUGUGUCCGAGCACUGGGUUGCUCGUUGUAGGUAGGCAUGACGGCAAUGUAUCCCUGUGGAAGACUGGCUCAGGGUGA